UUUUCUUUGUUGCUUUACAGUUUUCAUACUUUUAAAACUUUUUAGUUUCGCGUUCUCUUAAUUAGAAAACCACGCUCACACUAGCACUACCAAAGACAGUAAAAGCAAGUUAUGAGUUCCCGGAAUUUUCUCCAAGUUGUUGCUAAGAACUUUGAUGUUCUUGCUUUGCCUCUAGUUACUCUUGUUUACCCUCUAUAUGCUUCAAUUAAGGCUAUAGAGGCGAAGUCUGUUUCUGAUGACCAACAAUGGCUUACAUAUUGGGUUCUGUAUUCUAUGAUCACACUCUUCGAACUUACUUUUGCCAAAAUGCUUGAACUGAUUGCUAUAUGGCCUUAUAUCAAGCUGUUUGUUACAUGCUGGCUGGUAUUACCACAUUUCAAUGGAGCAGCACACGUUUAUCGGAACUUCAUUAGACCUUUCUAUAUGAACCCACAAAGUGCAACUUCUAAAAUCUGGUAUGUCCCAAGGAAGAAGGACUUCUUCAGCAAACCAGAUGAUGUUCUAACCGCUGCUGAAAGAUAUAUUCAAGAGCAUGGUACAGAAGCAUUUGAAAGGCUUAUGACCAAGGCUGAAAGAGAAGAAAGGGCGAGGAGGAGCAACAAUUAUAUGAUCUUUGAUGAUGAUUAUAUAUAUUGAAUUUCAGUGUCCACAAAAAUGAUGCCUAGUUUCAUUGUUUUUGUUUCGUGUGUUGCAUUGAAAAUGCUAGUUUAGUACAAUGAGAGUGGAAUUUGGAUUGUGUCCAUGUUCAGGGACAAAACAAGACUUUGAU